CCAGAAUAGUGUUUUCAUAAUCCAACGAGUGACUGUCAAAGUGUUGUGUAUAUUUACAUCAGCUGUUUGGCUGAACCAAUUAAAAAAUAAUGCCUUUUAUAUCGAAGGAUUGGCGGUCACCGGGGGAAGUCUGGGUCAAAACACAAGAAGGAUGGGAGAAGAAAAAAGUGCUAGAAAACUGCAAAGCCAUCAAACAAAGUGGCGCAGACGAACCCUCCACAUAUGGAAAUACCGAAACUGCCAUCCAACCCCAUUGCCACAUAACAAUAAAAUCAACAAAAGAAAUAGCAGGUUUUAACGAAUUAAACGAGGCUGUAAAAAAACUGGACUUCAUGAGCGCCGUUAGAGACGUCCGCCGCUUCAACUACAUUUGCGCUUUAUUAGGACUACUCAUCGGCCAACAAAUGACCGCAUUGUCGGGAUGCGCCCAAAAGGUGCUUCUAGCAAUGUUGGAAGAGGUCGCAAGUCAAGCGGUGACAAGUCAACACAAUCCCCGAAAUUUCCGUCAACUGUUAAAAAAUUUAAGAUCGCUGAGCGAAGCGGAACGCUCGUCUUGCUGGGGCGGCCUCCUCGGCUCCCAAAUGCUGUGGAGUGAGCACACCGCCAAAAUUGAACGCAUACUCAAAAUGGCCGCUAAUAUGCAAAUCUGCGAACUCAGCCCGGAGUCGCGCCCGCAGUUGCUACAACUCCCGGAAGAAUGCCUCCGGGAGAUUAUUUUAAGAUUGUCGGAUCAUAGAGACUUGACAGCUAGUGCAGAAACGUGCGAGCAAAUGGCCACAAUUGUGGGGGAGCAACGCGUCUGGAGGGAGUUAACCCAAUUCCACUUUUCACCCAAUCAAAUCGAGCUAGUUUUACCAAAAAACUGCGAGAAAGUCGACUGGAAAGACAUCUAUCACUCCCUCAAAAAGUCCUUCGGAUUGAGCGAAGACCGCCAAUAUGCAGAAAUGUUGUCGUUGUGUCGGUAUUGUCGAUGCCUGUUUUGGAGGUCCUCCGGGCACCCGUGUAUAGCCGAUCAGUGCCCGGAAUUCCGGGCGAGACUUCAAGAAGCCGGGGGAAUUACUCCGCCCAGUCCUGUUCCUCCUUCGGCCUUUCUGAAGUUCUUCUCCUUGUAGUUGCCUUCGUCCAAUUAAUUUAUUGUGCUUGUGUUGCAUUGUGAUACAUAAUUGCGUAUUUUUAGGGGCCGCUAUCUCAUGUAGAUAUAUCGAAUUUACAAAUGAGUAAUUUCAUCACUUUUAAAACUCAUUGUUUCUGAUUUUUGUAAAUUUGAGAUAUGUUAUAGAACGUGUAAAAAUAAGUGACACGUUUUUUACACACACCGUUUUUUAUUUUUUCAAUGUUGAAAAAACAGGUAUGUACAAAAUUACGUACCUCGUAACAAAAAGAAUUUUUAUCUAAAGAGCAAAUCAACAUAUUGAAACGAUUUUUUUUUAAUAAUAGAUAUAAUAAUAGGUACACUACGGACGUGAUAAUACAUGUAUUCUAAAAAUUUGUUAUUAACAAAUAAUUUAAAAAUAUAUUGUUAAAACACAAAAAUAAACAAUUACGCAGGUUUCUAAAUUCUCAAAAAACUUAUGUAAAAAUUUUCAUAUUUUUACUAUGUCUUCACAUAAGUUUCAAGAGGGACGUUUAAAAAUGGCUGAAAAACAUUUUUUUUUGAAAAAAAUUACAGAAAUUAUAGAAAACACAUAAUUUCCAAUAACUUAUAAAUAUUUAUUUUUCAAAAAAUAUCAAUAAUAAAAACAAAUUCCUCGGUUGAGAAAGAGUACUCUUAAUUUUUUUUAUUCUAUUUUCUGAUAUUAAAAUAAAAGUAUGUAGAUUUCGCAUACCUUUCAUGAGCUUCGCUCGACUAAAAUGAUCAUUUAAAAAAUCGCAAAUUCUUUCAACUUGUCGAUUAGAUUAUACAGGCUGUGUCAAAAGUCCCAUACCAACGUAAGGUAAGA